AUGCGACCAGAAGAGAUUGAGAGCAUAUUGAAGCGGUUAGAAAAUGGUGAAAUUUCCGAAGACGAUUCCACCGACAAUGAAAAUGACAUAGACUAUUAUUCGAGCCAAAGAGAUCGUCUGAUGGAGCUAGAAGAUGAAGAGGAUGUAGGUAAUUUUCCCACUGACCCAAACUUGGAUGCAGAUCCACCUGCAGCAAACGUAGAUACCGACAUGCAACAUAAUUUAGAGACUGUUGAACGAAGCCCAACUCCUACAACCAGCAGCCAGAACAACCUGCAAACCGCACCUUUCAACUCUAGAAACUUAGUGUGGAGAACAAAGAAUAUGGACAUAGUCCAAAAAGCUUUCCAGUUUGCUGGAAACACUGAGUAUUCACAAGAAAUUAUGAACUUAGACACUCCUUUUCAGUUUUUUUCUUAUUUUUUCGGUGAAGAAAUUUUGAGAUUUCUAGUGAACGAGUCAAAUAAAUAUGCCUUCCAAAAGAAUCCCAACUUUACAGAACCUGUAUUGUCUUGGAACAGUACAGAGAAACAGGCUUGGAAAGUCGUGCAAGUCGCCGGAGAAACGGGAAAUUAUGAAGUCUACCGUACCCAGAGGAACAUAUCACGAAAAUGUGGCCUCUCACGAAGGCUACGAAUUUUCGGCCACAUGUUGGAAAGACAACAAACAAGUACUAUUACUUUCCACGUAUGUUGGCGC